AUGAAUGAUCGACAGCCAUCUCUCGACGUGUACCCGGAGUAUAUCCCGGAGACUGGUUCCAGUGCCGGCAAAUAUGAGUCCAAGUCAGCCAAGUUCUGGACUUGCGGGUUCUUUCCGUCCAGCUUGUAUUGUCUUUUCGAACGCUGUAUCAAGUUCCCGCAUCGGAUCCCGCUUCCAUCGUCGCCGUUAGACAUGAUAUUCUCACCAGAAGCCUCACCUUAUUCCCAGCUCCUGGCCCUCUGUCGCUCGUGGUCCGCACCCCUGCAUAUGCAGGCGACAAGGACAGACACACACGACCUAGGCUUCAUGCUCCAUUCACUGCGGGUCGACUGGGAACUGACCGGCAAUCAGUCCAGCCUACGAAGCUAUGUAUUUGGCGCACACAGCCUGGCCUCGCGGUACGAUGAGCGAGUCGGGGCAAUUCGGAGCUGGGACCGAGCCGUAAGUCACGCUUAUCAGAUCGAAGACAAGGAGAAUAACUUUCUGGUCAUCAUCGACAGCAUGUGCAAUAUGGAUCUGCUCUUCUAUGUUGGCCACUUCACCCGUAAUCCAUCCCUGAUCGCUAUCGCAGCCCAGCAUGCUCGUACGGUCUUGUCCACUCUGAUUCGCGGUGAUGCCUUCACAUGGCAUGUCGUGAACCUGGACCAACACGCGCCCCAGCAAGCCAUACCCAAGCAUCGGAUGACUCACCAGGGACUCGCUGACGAGUCCUCGUGGGCCCGGGGCCAGGCCUGGGGGGUGCUCGGGUUCGCGCAGACGUACGCGUGGACCGGCGACGCCGAGUUCCUUGUGGGUUGUAGACGGCUGGCCGAUUACUUCAUUGCCCGGCUCCAGGGCUCGCCCGCGCGGAAGUGUUCAUGGGUACCGUUGUGGGACUUCGGCGAUGCGAGUGGGGAGUUGGAUGCUCAAGGGGACAAGCUACGAGACGUAUCGGCUGGCAUGAUCGCCGCUAACGGGAUGUUGCUCCUGCACCAGGCGCUCCAGGGACGGCAGAACGGAGAGAGUGAGAAGAUGGGGUACGAUGGGAGAAGGUACCUAGAUGCAGCUCUGAACAUUGCGAAAGAUACUAUCACGUAUGCGCUUGAUAAAGAGGAUGUCGCGCGGCUGGAGAUCGACGCGGAGAGUGGCAGAGUGACCGUGCCCCCGGGGAGCUGGGAUGCAAUACUCAGGCAUUCCACGGCGAAUAACAACCCGAAUGCGACGACCAGGUAUAAAGAUCAUGGAUUGGUCUUUGCCGACUACUAUUUCCUUGAGUUUGGAAAUAAACUGUUACGCAUGGGAUUGUAA